AUGGCAGCCAGGAAGAACCGAACUUCGUAUAGUCUCGGUGCUCACGAAGACGGAUACCGUUACUGGGCAGACUUCAAUGACUCUAUCUUUUCCGAAGGUGAAUCACGAUAUGCCUACAAAGGCACAUACCACGGCGAUGGCCCAAAAUCUGGAGCUAAAUGCGUGGUGAAAGUAUUUAAAGAUGGCUAUGCACUGACCCCUAGUGAUUGGACAGCAGACGUUAACACGUCAAAGCGAGCACAACAACUUGCAGAAGAUUGGCAUCGCUACAUCCCGACAAAUCGACCGCCUCAGUUUAAGCUUCCUAUCAUCGCACAGAUGGACAAGCGCUCAAUUUGUUUCAGUUCAUCAAGCUCUGUGCUGAAGGGCAUAAUCAGACCCAAAGGGUACGUCUCGAUUGAAGACUUUAUCGACGGUCAUUAUCAAAAAUUCAGUAGUAACUACGGUUGGACGACCGGUGCUGGCCAAUUCGCAGCUGCUUUUUCACAUUUUACGUGGCAUAUCACCAACGGCAGAGAGUUAGUCUGCGACCUGCAAGGAGUGAAGAAAGACGACUUAUACGACCUAACGGAUCCAGCUAUACAUUCUCUUAAUGGUCGGUACGACUCAUAG